AUUCUAAUGGAGAAGCAGAUGGAAGGUGCUAGAAAGAUAUAACUAGUGGUAGUAACACCUCAUUCUCAUUGAUGGAACUUAAUCCUCUACUCUCAUGGACACCCAUCUGUUGUACUGCUAUUCUGUGCUUGUUAGCAGUGUUUUGGUCUUACUCUCCGUACUACUAUGGAGAAGAAACGCGAAGAGCCUUCCUCUUCCACCUAGACCACCUGCUUGGCCUCUUAUAGGAAACCUUUUUCUGCUUGGCAAAAAACCCAAUGAAUCCCUAUUUGCCCUUUCUCAGCAAUAUGGUCCAUUGAUGACACUCUUUCUUGGCAUGAAAACAAUUGUGGUGGUGUCCUCUGCUGCCAUGGCCAAGGAGGUGCUCAAAACCCAUGACAACAUCUUUGCAGGGCGGGUUGUCAUUCAUGCAGCCAAAAUACUUUCUCACCACAAGUCCUCGAUAAUAUGGGCUGAAAAUGGAUCCCAGUGGCGAAAAUUCAGACGUAUUUGCACUACAGAGCUUUUCUCUCCCAAGAAACUCCAAACUUCGCAGCAUGUCAGAAGAGAUUCAGUUUUCCAAAUGAUUCAAUUGGUUUUCCAGGAAAACAGUCUGAAGGAAAAGAGCGUGAACUUUGCUGAUUUGAUAUUCCACACGGGUCUGAACAUGUUAAGUAAUAUGAUGUUCAGUACAAAGGUAUUCGACCCAAAUAAUCCCGAUUCUGUGAAGUUCACUAAUGCUCUUACUUCAGGGGUGAAGCUUGCCGAAAAACCCAAUUUGGCUGAUUUUUUUCCAUGGCUUGAGUUUCUGGAUCUUCAUGGUGUAGACCAUAAGAUGGCAGCCCAUUUAAAACGAGCUCAUCAUUUCUUAGAUCUAUGGAUAAGCAAUAGACUGGCGAGGAGAAGCAGAGAGCUGAAUGAUGAAAGAGAAAAAGAGAAGGAUUUUCUGGACGUGUUGCUCGAUUUGAGAAGCCAUGAUCUCAGUCUGACAAACAUCAGAGCAAUCAUUUUUGAUCUGUUAGUGGCUGGUAGUGACACAACUGGUGCAACACUAGAAUGGGCUUUGGCAGAACUAAUUCAUAAUCCAGAUAAGAUGAAAAAAGUUCAAGUGGAAUUGGAGGAGGUCGUAGGUCACAGUAGAAGAGUGGAAGAAUCUGAUAUUGAGCAUCUACUUUACCUCCAUGCAGUGGUGAAAGAAGUGCUUCGACUGUAUCCGGCCGGUCCUCUUCUCAUCCCUCACAGAGCGACUAGUUCUUGUGAAAUAGAGGGGUUUUUGAUCCCCAAAGACACACAAGUGUGGGUUAAUGUGUGGGCAAUAGGAAGGGAUCCUGCUGUGUGGAAGGAGCCCUGCAAAUUUAUGCCAGAGAGAUUUUUGGAGGGUGAGAAGGCUAAGAAGGAUUUUAAGGGACAAGAUUUUGAGUUUAUACCAUUUGGAGCAGGGAGAAGAAUAUGCCUAGGGCUUCCUUUGGCUGAUAAGAUGCUUCAUUUUAUUUUGGCUUCACUGCUCCAUUCCUUCGACUGGAGACUUCCUAAUGGAACGAGCACAAAGGAACUAGACAUGGACUAUCUAUUUGGAGUGGUACUGAAGAAGCGUCAAAAUUUGCAAGCAAUCCCCACACCACGCCUACAACACCACAUAUUUGUUCUUCAAUAGUAGGGUAAUUUGUUCAACAGAUCGGUUGCCAAAAUCUUUAAGUACUUAGAAUAUUUAUGCAUUAAUAUUUAGUCUAUCAUCAUGGUAAACAAGAGACGCGUCAAGUUCCUGCUGAGAUGUUUUAGAUUAGUGUUGUAAUUUUUUGUAUGAAGUGUUUUGUUUAGCUUGAUCAUUGGGACAAUGGAGGACAUGAGGUCUCCUCAUACUAGGCUUUGAGGUUGAGUCCUUUGAAACAUAUGCAUUCUGUAUCAUCAGAGUUCGUGAGUAACCAAAUAAAUGCCAUAUAAAGGAAUUGUAAAAUUUGCUGAAUGAACAAAUUUAAGACAACAACCUAUCAUUA